UACCGCUACUUUCUUGCAUCUCCAGCAGAAAGAAGCACCUACAAGAAAGGUUCCGGCUUCCAAGUCACCUGGACCUAGCAAGUUCAGUUCACCCAAAACCAGGUUAUUCGGGCUUCUCAAAUCAGCCAAAUCCCCUUCUCCCCACCCCGCCCGGAGAAGCGCCCCUCCGCCUCCGGCGCCGCCUGAACCUUCAGCGCUGCCCUCGCUUCCGCAGCAGCCAGCUCCUCCCGAGCCGUCCUUGCCUUCUGAGCCGCCCGCUCUGCCCGAGAAGCCCACUCCUCCCGAGCCGUCCUCGCUUCCUGAGAAGCCCGCUCCUCCCGAGAAGCCCUCGCCUCCCGAGCCGCCCUCGCCCGCGGAGCCGCCCGCUCCUCCCGAACAGCCCGAGUCUCCUGAACAGACCGCCCCUGCCGAGCCGUCGGAAAAGAUGGUGAAACAGAUCGACAGCAAGGAAACCUUUGACUCAGAAUUAAAAAAUGCUGGACAAAAAUUAGUAGUAGUUGACUUCUCGGCCACAUGGUGUGGACCAUGCAAAAUGAUCAAGCCUUUCUUUCAUUCUCUUGGUGAAAAGUACCCAGAUGUGAUCUUCAUAGAAGUGGAUGUAGAUGACUGUCAGGAUGUUGCUGCAGACUGUGAAGUGAAAUGCAUGCCAACAUUUCAGUUCUAUAAAAGUGGAAAAAAGGUGGGUGAAUUUUCUGGAGCCAAUAAGGAAAAGCUCGAAUUAACCAUUAAUGAAUUGAAGUAAUUGUGGAUCCUGUGAACAGUGUGAACAACUGUCAGCUGUCUAAAUUAUAUAGCUUAUAAUUUUUUUCUAUAUCCAAAAAAAAGAUCAAGUAUAACAAGAGUAUGUAUCCAAAUAACAUUUGACUGUUAAAUGACAAUAAAAUGUAAAUCCUACCCUUUUGAAAA